GACCUUAAUAUCGAUUCAGAUAUAUCGAUUUAGAUUCCAUUCAACUCGGUGCUCCGGCUGAUGCAGAAUCGAGAGUUCGAUUUAAACGGUCGUGCCGAUUUCGAUCCUGACAGCCGCCGCGCACGUGGAUACACGAGCGGCCCAGCGUCUCCUUCUGAGACCCCUGGGCCUCGCGUGUCCCACCACUUGUCUCCGGAGUCCCAGCACUUGUCUCCAGUCCCACCGUGUCUCCCCGUCGUGUCCUUCUGUCUCUCCGUCUCCACCCCCACCCACCCCGCCACCCAGUCUUUACGGCUACGUACGGUGCAAAAGAAAUUUGACAUUCGUACGUGACCCCUGCGUCACCGCGCGCGUGUCUGUGUGUUCCCAGUGUCUCCCUCCACGUGUCUCUCGUUUCCCUCCGUGUCCCCGUGCCUGCGGUGACCCCCCACACCCCGUGUGCCCCCCACUCCACCCCGUGUGCCCCCCACUCCACCCCGUGUGCCCCCCCCACUCCACCCCGGCCAUGUUGCGGGGGUUCCGCUGGGGGUUCGUGAACGGCGCGGGGUUCUCGCUCUCUGGCCUGGCGCUCCUUGAGCUGUGGCUGCGGCGUCGCAAGCAGCAGCGGGCGGACGCGACUCCAGAGGGCCCCCCCCCCGAUGGGGGAGGGUCUCCGCUGGAGCGCUGGGGGCUGCCGGAUCGUGGCGCGAACCCCCGCGUCUACGCGCACCAUGCCCUCUCGUACGACCAGGCGCGGCGCGGCCCGGCCUGGGUGGCCGAGCACCUGACCCUGGCCUCCUUCAGCGGCGACGCCAACCGCAAGCACUGCCACUUCCGCCCCGACCCGGGCAUCGAGGCCCGGUUCUCUGCCUCGGACUCGGACUUCCGGGACAGCGGGUGGUCACGCGGCCACAUGGCCCCGUCCGAGGACAACAAGUUCAGCCAGGAGGCCAUGAACCAGACGUUCUACUUCUCCAACAUCGUGCCCCAGGACAUCUCCAACAACGAGGGCAUCUGGAGAAGCCUGGAGUCGCUGUGCGAGCAGCUGACGGCGCUGUACGCUGACGUGUGGGUGGUGACCGGGCCUCUCGCGCUGGCCCAAGACAGUGACGCUGGCAGCGGUGGCGGGCAGCGCAAGGGACAUGUCAGCUACGAGGUGAUCGGCGCAAACGAGGUGGCGGUGCCGACCCACCUGUACAAGGUCAUCGUGGCUCAGGGUACGACCGGCGGCGACGGCGGCGGCGGCGGCGCUGACCGUGGUACCGAAGAUGGUGGUGGCGCCGAAGACGGCGGUGGCGCCACCGCGGAGGGCGCCACCGCGGAGGGCGCCACCGCGGAGGGCGCGGUGCUCGCGGCGUUCGUGAUCCCCAACGCGCCGGUGCCGCAGGGGACGCCGCUCGGCUCCUUCCAGGUGCAGCUGGAGCAGCUGGAGCGCUGGGCCGGCAUCACCUUCUUCCCGCGGCUCGACCGCCAAUCCUGCCGGGACCUGUGCCGCGUGGAGUCGUGCGGCGGCGUCGUCGGCGGCGGCGGCACGAAGGCCGAGAUGCACACGGGGCCGGCGAGCGUGGGAGGGGGCGCACGCCACGGGGCGUAGCGGGUGGGGUGGGCAGGUACGGGGAGCGCCGCACGGCAGUCGCCCGCCGGGCCGAGGCCAUGGACCCGCCGAGCUGGAGAACCCAGCCGAAUCCCAAACCAGCGCGUGUGCAACAUCAUGGGACCGCCUUUGCCAGUAUUAGAUUAUGAUAAUCCCCUUUUCUGGCAAUAAUAAAACGGGUGUUAAGAUACAUAUUCUUGGUUCUUUCGGUAAAGUCACGUAGAAGGGAAACAAUAAAAUAAUAAAAAUAUAAAAGAAUAAAAUUCUC